UAUAAACCCGAGACUGACUAUGCUCAUGAUCAAAGCUAGUUCUAUAGUGUUUGUGAAAUGAAGUUCUUUGUGAUUUUGGCAAUUUUCGCGGUAACAGCUUCGGCUGCUCCUGUUGAUGAUGAGGAUGGUUGGUAUGUGCCACAAGCUGAUGGUUCCCUCGUCUGGAUGACUAGUAGCGAGGCUGAAAAUAUGUUGGCAGAACAUGAGAAGAAGGAAAAAAUUAUGGGACGUUUGGAUCUCUCUCCAGUCACCUACUACUUGUACACUCUGUCGAAUCAAAAUGAUGGAGAAAAAAUUACCGCUGACAAGGACUCCAUUUCCAAUUCGCACUUCGAUGCCAGUCAUCCAACUCGUGUUUUAAUUCACGGCUGGACUCAAAGCUAUAAGGCGGACAUGAAUGUUAACAUUCGUGAUGCAUGGCUAUCGCAUGGUGAAUACAACAUUAUCGUUGUUGAUUGGGCACGCGCACGUUCUGUUGACUAUGUCUCAUCUGUCGCCGCUGUUCCUGGUGUGGGAAAGAAGGUUGCCAGCAUGAUUGAUUACUUGGUGAAUAAUCAUGGUUUGAACUUGGAUACUCUCGAAGUGAUCGGUCACAGUUUGGGUGCUCAAAUUUCCGGCUACGUUGGCAAGAAUGUCGGUACUGGCAAAAUUCAUGCUAUUGUCGGUCUGGACCCUGCUCUACCACUUUUCAGUUACAGCAAACCUAACAAACGUCUGAACUCCGAAGACGCUCACUAUGUAGAAACAAUUCAGACAUGUGGUGGUAAAUUGGGUUUCUUGAAACCAAUUGGCAAGAGCUCUUUCUAUCCCAAUGGUGGUAAGGAUCAACCAGGUUGUGGUACUGACUUGACUGGUGCUUGUAGUCAUGCCCGCUCAUGUAUUUACUACGCUGAAGCCGUGCGUCAAAAUAACUUCCCCUCCAUGCGUUGCAGUGACUACGAAGAUGCCGUUAGUAAGGAAUGUGGUGGUCAAUACAGUGCCGUGAAAAUGGGUGGCCUCUACAAUUAUGAAUUCGUCAGUGGUGAUUACUACGUUCCAGUGCACAGUACUGCUCCCUAUGGUUAUGGAAAUUGAGUAGGUGUUCAUAUUGAAACACUAUUUAUCUAAUAAAAUUUUCCGCAUUUCUUGAGGAAA